AUGACCUCGCCACGCUCAUCAUCACCUUAUGCCCGGUCGCCCUCCAUCCUGUCAGAGCGCCGGGAUAUGCGCAGGCUGUCUGGCCGUUCCCUUUCCGUCUCCUCUACAGCCAAUUCACGCCCGGCCAACGAUGCGCAAGCCUCCGGCAUCACCGAAGAGAUUAGCGAGAUUAAGCGAUAUGAAGAUUUUACGACAAUAGAUUGGGUUCAGGAUGCCGUUUACGAACAAAGUCGCCGACGCGCUAAGCGACGAAGCGGUUCAGGAUUCUGGGACCAGGAAGGUGUCUUUGGUUGGAGACGCAAGCUAGUGGAAUCCUACGAUGCUGGCCAAGCCUGGCUUGUAGUGACACUCGUUGGCAUGGCGAUUGGUGUCAACUCUGCUUUGCUGAACAUCAUAACAGAGUGGUUGUCAGAUAUUAAGCUGGGUCAUUGUACCACUGCAUUCUACUUGAACGAACAAUUCUGCUGUUGGGGCGCAGAAGGAGGUUGCCCCGAAUGGAAGCCUUGGACAGGAUUUUGGCUAUUUAAUUAUGUGAUCUAUUUCAUUUUUGCGAUCUGGCUUGCUUUUGUUGCAGCGAUUCUCGUCAAGACCUUUGCGCCUUAUGCCGCUGGCUCUGGUAUUUCCGAGAUCAAGUGUAUUAUUGCUGGCUUCGUUAUGAAAGGCUUUCUGGGCGCCUGGACCCUCAUAAUCAAGUCUAUUGCUUUACCUUUGGCCAUCGCAUCUGGCCUGUCAGUUGGAAAGGAGGGACCCAGUGUUCAUUUUGCCGUCUGUACUGGAAAUCGCAUCAAAGACGAGGAAAUAUUGACUGCAUCGGCAGCGGCUGGUGUAGCUGUUGCCUUUGGCAGUCCUAUUGGAGGCGUGCUAUUUUCCCUAGAGGAAAUUGCCAACUACUUUCCACUUAAGACUCUAUGGCGCAGCUAUUUCUGUGCCCUGGUGGCAACGAGUGUCCUUGCGGCUUUGAACCCCUUUCGGACUGGACAGCUGGUCAUGUUCCAGGUCGAAUAUGAUCGCACAUGGCAUUUUUUUGAGCUAAUAUUCUUUAUCUUUAUUGGUGUGUUUGGUGGACUUUAUGGUGCCUUCGUAAUUAAGUGGAAUUUGCGAAUGGCAUCAUUUCGCAAGAAAUAUCUCGGGAAAUACGCUAUCGCUGAAUCCGUUUUCCUUGCUGGAUUUACUGCCAUUCUUUGCUAUCCCAAUAUAUUCCUGAAGAUCAACAUGACAGAGAUGAUGGAAAUCCUGUUUCGCGAAUGCGGUGGUGGACACGACUAUCACGGCCUGUGCCAGGAGAAGAACCGAUGGUCAAUGGUAGUAUCGCUGGCUAUUGCUACAAUUCUACGCACUGGUCUGGUCAUUAUUUCCUACGGCUGUAAGGUUCCAGCUGGAAUUUUCGUCCCGUCCAUGGCCAUUGGCGCAUCGUUUGGUCGUAUGAUAGGGAUCAUGGUGCAGGCACUUCAUGAGUCAUUCCCUAAAUCAGCAUUCUUUGCAUCAUGCGAGCCAGAUGUUCCAUGCAUCACCCCCGGCACAUACGCCUUCCUGGGCGCGGCAGCAGCGCUCAGUGGUAUCAUGCAUAUCACGAUCUCAGUAACGGUCAUUAUGUUCGAGUUGACCGGAGCUCUGACCUAUAUCCUACCAACCAUGAUCGUGGUGGGUAUAACCAAAGCCGUGGGAGACCGUUUUGGGAACGGAGGAAUCGCAGACCGUAUGAUCUGGUUCAAUGGAUUUCCGUUCCUAGAUAACAAGGAAGAUCAUGUCUUCAACGUUCCAGUCUCUCACGCUAUGACGACAGACCCGCUAUCCAUCCCAGCAUCCGAUUUCCCCGUUCGUGAAGCGGAGCAUUUACUAAGCGACAAUAAGUUCCAGGGCUUUCCAAUCGUGGAAGAUCGAAGCAGCAAGACUCUUGUUGGUUAUAUCGGACGCACAGAGCUUCGAUACGCGAUCGACCGCGCCCGAAGCGAGGGCCUUCUAUCCCCUCGCGCGCGAUGCGUGUUUACUGCGGAUGCUGCAGAGGCAUCUGUAGCUCGCCGGGCAUCAGGGCGACAUAGUUCUCGCUCGCUUAGUAUUCCGGAUACGUUUGAUGCUAUCCAAUCUAACGGAACCGGCGUUGUCGACUUUUCCCGCUUCGUGGAUCACACCCCGCUCACUGUGCACCCUCGUCUCCCGCUGGAGACCGUUAUGGAAAUCUUCAAGAAGAUGGGCCCGCGUGUGAUUCUCGUUGAGCACCGUGGUCGCUUGGCUGGCCUGGUCACCGUUAAGGACUGCUUGAAGUACCAGUUCAAGGUCGAAGCCGAGGAGCACGCGCUAGCGGCGACAAGCUCCUCGGAAUACUCGGCUCUUGGUGGCCACUUGAAUAAUCCAGCGGCCGAGACACUAGAAGACCGCCUGUGGCGUCUGAUUCAAACUGUGAUCAGCUUUGUGUCAAGCUCUGGCUCACGUCGGUCUGUUGGAUUGCGCGAGCGGGACCGAGCCCGUCCUUCAGAACCCUCUGAUAUCCUGGAUGGAACAGAGAAUGACGGCUUGGUUGAGUUGGAGGACAGAGAGCAACGGUCUUAG